AUUUUUGACGACUGCAGAUUCAGCAAUAAGGUUGCUCUCUGAAGCAACUAGGACAGUUAGAGAUUGGAAGGGUUUGGAAUACAGAGCAGCAUUUCCCAUGCAGAAACCUGCUGGUGCUAAUUUCUACCCACCAGACAUGGACAAAAUGGAGUUUGAAUUAUGGAAGGACAGUCUCGGAAAGGAUGAACAGAAAGAGGCAACAGGAUUUUUCAGUGUUAUUAAAAGGCACAGUGAAUUUAUUUUAGAUUCUCAUCAGUCUAAUAACAAAGCAGGUUCUCAUGAUCUAUAUAUAGUUCCUUACUCUGAAGAGUACAAGUCUCUUCUUGCAAAAGCUGCUGAUUUAUUGCAUAAAGCUGGGGACAUUACCAGCUCACCAAGUUUGAAGAGGCUGCUACAUAGCAAGGCUGAUGCUUUCCUUUCAAAUGAUUAUUAUGAUUCAGAUAUAGCCUGGAUGGAAUUGGACUCUAAGUUGGAUGUCACUAUUGGGCCAUAUGAAACUUAUGAGGAUAAAAUUUUUGGAUACAAGGUAAUUGUUGACAAUGAGACUUUGUGA